AUGACUGAACUACGCCCGCCCGAGCCACUGCAAUUAGGCGACAACGCAGCGGCGUCCUGGCAGACAUUCAAGCAGCGCAUCGAGCUGUACCUGAUAGCUACGGAGCCCAUCAAACCACGCAGUAAGAAGCAGAAAGCUGCAAUUUUUUUGCACGUCGCCGGGCAAGAAGCAAUUGAUGUGUUCAAUACCCUGAACCUGACGCCGGAGGAAGCUAAAGACUACGACGCUUUGGUUAAAGCGUUUGAAGCCUACUGCUUGCCCAAGUGUAAUGAGACUUACGAACGCUACGUGUUUCGCUCGCGUCGUCAGGCACACGGAGAGCCAUUCGAACAGUUCUUUCGGGAUUUGCAGCUCAAAGCAAGAACGUGCAACUUUGGUGAUUUACGAGACUCCAUGCUGAGGGACCAAAUCGUGUAUGGCAUUUCUAGCGCUUCCCUGCGUGAAAAACUUCUUCGCAAGAAGGACCUGACCCUCGUCACAGCAGUGGAAUACUGCAAGGCUGAGGAACUUGCUGAAUCGCAAAAUAAAGCGUGGGCUGAGGAAAACAAGAUUGAACCUGUUUCAAGAACGCCACUUAGGAAGGUACGAAAAAAAUGCCGGUACUGCAACUUGUCACACGCGCCAAGAAAGUGUCCGGCGUACGGCAAAAUAUGCAACAACUGCAUGAAGCCUAAUCACUUCGCCGCCUGCUGUACGAGCAACCGAGCAGCUGUUGGUGACGUGGUCGACGGAGUGGAGAGUGACGGUGACUUCGACGUUCUGGAGAUCAGGUCAACGGAAAGCAAGCGUGGUCACGAAAGUCGCGAUUGGGUUGUAACAACGAACAUUGAAGGAAAGCAGGUGCAGCUGAAGGUCGACACCGGAGCGCAGGCCAACUUGCUGCCGCGUUCGCUGUUCAACAGGCUCGGUACUAAACAGCAGCCGUACCCCACGAGGAGCAUCUUGCGUCAUUAUGGGGGUGGUGAAAUACCACACUGUGGAAGGUUCGCCUCGCCGUGCAGUUAG